AUGGUAUGUAUAAGGAAUUACGAAGCUUUUGAUGUGUCAUCUUUACAAGAAGUUCAGAGUGAAAAAACGAAAAGCUUUAAACAUCGGAACAUACGAAGUUCCUCGCCAUCUGAAUUAAAAUUGUCAGCUUUUGGCGAGGAUUAUCAGAUGAAAGUAUUCAAAGCGGAGCCCAUUCUGCAUCCACAAGCCAGAAUUGUCACAAGUUACGAUGGCGAGGACAAGGAAUGGCAAGGAACGGUACCAGAUUGCUUCUUAGUCGGCGAACUGACCUCACAUCAGGGAACGAUUUCUCUUUCACACUGUGAUGGCUUGGAAGGAAGAUUAACUACAAAGACUGGAGACUUCCAUGUUAAACAACUCCCACCAGUCUACAACAAGCAAUACAAUUUCUCAGACAGUGAAACUGUUCUUGUUAUUGCUAAAGAAAAACCACGGAAAAACACAGAGAAAAAGGAAGGCGUCCACAUCUCACUGCUGAAUGACCACAUAAGGAAACUGACAAAGGAUAACAAACGAUCUGCUCCCUCCAGGCACGUAGUGGUAGAAAUGGCUGUGUACACAGACAGCGAGUACACCAAAAAGUUUCCCUCCAAGGACACCGCAAAAAGAAUUGAACUGAUGAUAUUGAAGUAUAAUGGGGUACAAAUGGAAUGGUCCCGCUAUAAUGAACUUCAUUAUGACGUCAGAAUUCAAAUUAAAUAUAUCGGAUUUUUGGAGACAAACCCGUCGUUUUACAAAAUGUCCACCACCAUUAGUCAGUCCCUGAGUACUUUCUGCACUGGAAUGAGAAACAACCCUAUUCCUUAUGACCUUAUCUUUCUUCACACAGGGAUGAAUACUGAUGUUGUCGGGAGAUCGUAUCAGUCCAGUGCCUGUAAUCGUUAUUUCCGCUGUGGUGUGGAGAGUUCUGGUUCAAUAUUUGAAUACAAAUCAACGGCUCAUGAAAUUGGCCACAGUCUUGGAAUGUACCACGAUAACAUUCGAGGAUGCACCGGAAAUGAUGUAGGUCUCAUGGGAGGAUAUGGAGCUGGGUGGAGUUCAUGUAGUAUCAAUGAUUUAAAUACAUUUUUACAAAGUAGCAGCGCUCAGUGUUUGUUUCGUGAAGACGUUGCAGUAAGAGGGAUCAUACAAUACAGUCCGCUGAGGCCUGUUUUAUUAGGUCAACUGUACAGUCCAGACGAAGUAUGCGAAAAGCUGUACGGUCCUAACUUCCAUUUCCGUACAUUUCCUUAUCUCGGGAACUGUGAACAGUACAGCUGUGUAAAUUACAACAAUGGCAGACAUUUUGGAGAGAUGUUUUCACAAUGGAAAGAAAUCCCAGGUUCAUACUGCGGAGACGGAAAGAUGUGUUUCAAUCAGAGGUGUGUUACCUUUGCUGCAGCCAGACAGACACCGGGCGUGGUCAGACACGGGGGGUGGGGACCAUGGACACGCUGGUACCCCUGCUCACGGAGCUGUGGGUCGGGACUUACAGUUAGAAGACGAUUAUGUAACAAUCCAAGCCCACUCAACUACCCAGGUUGUAAUGGCGGUGAUGCUGAAGGAUACGAAGCUAGGAUAUGCAAUUCUCAGCCCUGUCCAGGUGAUAGUUUAAACACAGACACCCUCAUAAAGCAAAGGGCAUCGGAAACAUGCGCCAGAAUGUUGCAAAACAGCGUAAUAAAUUCCACCCUGUACACUGCAGUUGGGAGCCUUUAUAAUUCCCAUGCUCAUGGAGUAUGUGAAGUUUCCUGUGCCCCUGUGUCGGGGUAUAAGACUCCGACAUUUACCAGGUUCGGCUUGAUGCCGCAAGGAACCCCGUGUCCUGGGAUUCUGAACAAGAUGGACAGAAAUGGCUGGCCUAGAAGGCAAGGUUACAGUGCAAGGUGUUUGGAUGGAUACUGCCAGUUAUUUGGUUGUGAUGGUGUAUUCAAUGGAGGUACCUUUGAUGGGUGUGGUGUUUGUAAUGGGGACGAGACAACAUGUGACGUAGUGGAAGGGACGUUUACCGAGUUGUCUACCAGAGGUUCCCGGAAAGUAAUUGCUGAGAUUCCUGUUGGGGCAUAUAACAUACAGUUUUGGUUCGAUUACACAUCGAUGAAACAAAACUUCCUAGAAAUCUACACUAAAGACGGAGCAGUGGUUCUGGCUAGUAUGAUCGGGAGCAGCUGGAUCUUUCAAACGGGAGACAACCCUGUCACUUUUGCUGGUGCCUACUGGAACUAUUUCUUCCAUGAUCAGUUUCUUUACACAACGGGACCAAUAAAUGAGCCAGCGACUAUCAAGAUUUUCCAAAAUAAAGAUUUCAAUAAUACAGGCAUUCAUUAUGCCUAUUCUCUUCCAAAGUCUGUUAAGACUUGUCAAGGGCAGUGUGCUAAUGGAGGUACAUUUAACACAAACAUCUGCUCCUGUGACUGUCCUAGGGGAUUUUAUGGAAAUGACUGCACGAGUCACUGUAACACCUACUGCUACAAUGGAGCAACAGUUAAUCAGUCCAACUGUGCAUGUCAGUGUAAGGCCCACCAGACCGGAAGUAAUUGUAAAUGUGAAUCCGGAUAUACGGGAAUAAACUGCAGAAAGCAUGCAUAACAAAAACAAUGUCUUAUUUU